UCUUGAAUACUUAGAAUGCAAGACCGCCAAAUUCAAAACAAAAUAGGUUUUAUUCCAUGUAUUCGUUUUUUACGUCAGUCACCAAUCGUCAUUUCUCGAAAAGGGAAAAUUCAAUUUCAAUCAAUCAAAAGAAACGUAAUAAAAUGUUACUAAAUCAACUGCGAUUCGUUAGAGGUCAUCUGCAUUUCAAAGGCUGGAGAUGUUUUAGUUUGGAGCAAGUCCGUUAUCAAAUUUCACCGCAACCACAAUUAAAUGAGUGCCCAAAAGUUGAGUCCACUACGCCACUAAAGAACGAAGCAGAAGGGCGCACUGAUAAAGAGGUUUUAAACGAAAUAUUCCCAGCACCGAAAGUUGUUCCGAUGGUUCUGACCACCAAUAAAGAACCAGUGGUUUUAUCAUUCGACGACGUUCCAGGCCCAAAGACUUUAAAAUAUUUGUCAAGCAUUCGUCAAUAUUUGUCUGAUAUUGGGACACAAAUAACAGCGAGCAUGCUUACUGUGGGAUUAGACAUAGGUACCUUCAUAAACAGUAGGAAGUCAUUCAAGACUCUAUCAGUGUUGUUCGACGAGUACGGCCCCGUGGUUCGGUUCGUCAGCCCCGUAGGAGGGGACAUCGUGCUGGUGAACCACCCCGCACACAUCGAGAAGGUGUACAAUAUGGAGGGCGACUACCCCGUGCGUUCUACCCUCGACUCGCUGGACAAAUACAGGACCGAACACAGAAAUCAGUUCUAUGGAGGCUUGUAUACCCUACAAGGUGAAGAGUGGUCUCGCCAAAGGGAGAGGAUCUACGAACCCAUGCACAAGGCGGUCGACUUGCACCUGCACGGCCUCAACGACGUCUGCGAUAACUUCAUCAAGAAGGUGUACACCAUCAGGAACCACCAGGAUGAGGUGGCGAAGGAUUUGUACACGGAACUACAUAAAUGGGCGUUUGAUUGCCUUGGACUAAUAGUGUUCUCGAAAAAGUUCACAAUGUUGGAAACGGAACUGGUGUACAGUCAGUGCGACAUGUCGUGGCUUUAUCACUGCCUGCAGAAGGCCACGGAAGCCAUCAUAAAGUGCGAAUCUGGCCUGCAAAUGUGGAAGAUAUUCACGACCCCCGCCUGGCACUCUCUCGUGAAGUAUUGCGAUAGUUUGGACAGUUUGAUUGGAAAGCAUGUUAUGGAAGCAGAGCAAACAAGUAUCCUCAGAGGUAAUCCUAACGAAAAAAACAAAAACUCUUUGAUAAAUUCAAUGCUGACAGGAGAGCAAAAGAUGUCCGCUGAAGAUAUCGCUACGGUCAUAAUGGACAUUCUUCUGAUCGGAGUGAAUACGAUAACUUCUUCGACGUCGUUCCUCAUGUACCAUCUCGCAAAAUAUCAAAUGGCUCAGAAGACGCUGUACGAUGAAGUGAGAACUUUGCACAUAGACCUGAGUGAUGUCAGUUACAUCAAAGCCAAGACUCCUUACUUGCAAGCGUGCAUUAAGGAGAAUCUCAGGUUGGUUCCUCCGAUUCCGAUCCUGACCCGUAUUUUGCCGAGAAACAUAAUAUUAGACCGCUACAACAUUCCUCGUGGCACUUUAAUUAUAAUGUCUACGCAAGACGCGGCGCUCAAAGAAAGCAAUUACGACGAUGCCACCAAGUUUAAACCCGAAAGGUGGCUAAAGGGUGAUUCUAAGUAUUACCACGCCUUUGCCUCCAUACCCUUCGGUUAUGGCGCUAGGAAAUGCCUGGGGCAGAACAUUGCUGAGACUAUGAUGACGCUUUUGACUGUCAAGACAAUGCAAAAAUUCAAACUGGAAUACCACUACGGAGACAUCCACCCCACAAGAACUUUCAUCGCUAAGCCUAAUAAACCUCUUAAAGUAAGAUUUAUCGACAGAAUGUAAUUGGAUUCGAUGGAUUGUUUCUAAAACCAUAGGUAAAAAAGUGUUUACAUUUCUGCGUUAAGUUGUUUUAGUGUCGCAAUAUUUUUA